UUAAUAAUGCAUAUACCCACCCUCUUCCGAAUAUGGUACAGCUCGACCUACACCGUUCUCUUCAUUAUCCUGAUUAUUCUUCUCGCCGUCUCGCCCGCCGAUACAGUGUACCAGUCCGUCAAGAGCGAUGCGAUCCAGAAGAUCUUCGUAAUCGGCGGUGUUUAUGUCCUCACAAUCGCCAUCGUCCUCCUCAUCUACUCGACAAGACUGUACACAAACCGCAGUGUGCUGGCGUCUAUUCCCAAGCCAUAUUUACCGAUAGAGGAUGGUGAGGUGGGCACUCUGGUCAGGAGGAUGAUUGUGAAGGCUUUGCGAAGGAGUGCAGUUGUCGCAUGGGACAGUCGGCCAAGGGAUAUCAGAGGAGAGGUCGGGGGAAGCACUGAAGGCGAGGACGGCACCAAGAUCAUACCGCAAGAGAAAGGACAUCUUAAGAAACGGCACGCGCAUCCCCCGACGAUUAUACCCAUCUCUAUCAAAAACCCACCUUGGGGGCACGUUUCGCAUCCUGGAUGGGCGUCGCCAGCCAGCCCUGAUCUUCCGAAUCUGUAUUACAACGAUGUCGUGAAAGAGCUGCCGAACCUGAUCGAGGCAAAAGCUGUCUCGCUCGCUCCGCCUGACCCUGCCGUGGAAGGACACACGCACACUCUGGAGGACACACCUAUGCUUCCUGACGCGAGGAUUGUGGGUCUUCUUCAACGCCCCCGGUCAAUGGGCUUAAGAGAAUACUUGGCUAGGCUGUCCUCAUUUGGCUUGCUGAACCCUCCAAGCCUCGGUUUACGCUUCCUAUCCUUAUAUGAGCAUGCGCGCUUUUCCACAUAUUCUUUGGGCGAAUCCGAUUUUCGGGAUAUCAUGAGCGUCUUCGCUGAAAUCCUGAACGGGAUGACCGAGUUGGAUGUUUCUGUAGUGGAAGCUGCCCGUGCUGAACCAAAUUACGACUCCGACAAUCGAAGCCUCGCACCCUCUACGGCGACGGGCUCUUCCUCGUCCGCUUCCUCAUUUUCUUCUCCGUCUUCGAACCAGUCCUCGCGUGCAGAUCUACCAUACUUGACACCCAUGAUAGACAGACAGUCUAAUUUGUCUUUCGAUGGUGCUGGAAGUCCUCAGACUGCGCGCACUGGACAGUCCAUAAGAACGAGCUCAUCGACCAGCAGCAACGUUCUAUUCCGUACACCGUCUGGUAGAUCAGCAGCUUCUGAGCAAGGAUCUGUCAGGAGGAAGACUCUCCAGAGAAGCCCGUCGACCAUUCUACCCCAAUCCAGCUCCAGUUCACUACGGUCACAAGGCUCAGUCAUCAGGCUCAGAGCAAACAAUACUGAAGGCGAGUCACCUUAUGAAUAUCGAUUUGAAGACGGGUGA